UGCGUCCCGGUGCGACGCGCUUGCCGCUCGCAGCCCCCGCCCGCCGUCCCGCGGAUGCGAGCCCCAGCAGCCUGCGCCGGGGGACCAGCCUGGCUUCCUGAUGGAGAGAUUGAAAAGAAAUAGUAAUCUUCUUGGUUUGCAGACCAUGGGCAACAUGGAACAGCCAUUCACUGUUAGUUCAUUGAAAAAGUUAGCAGCUAUGCCUGACCACACAGAUGUUUCAGUGAGCCCAGAGGAGCGAGUACGUGCCUUAAGCAAGCUUGCAUGUAACAUCACAAUCAAUGAGGAUAUUACGCCACAUCGUUACUUUAGAUCUGGAGUAGAGAUGGAGCGCAUGGCAUCUGUAUAUUUGGAGGAAGGAAACCUGGAGAAUGCUUUUGUUCUUUAUAAUAAAUUUAUAACUUUAUUUGUAGAAAAGCUUCCCGGUCACCGAGACUAUCAGCAAUGUGCAGUACCAGAAAAACAGGAUAUCAUGAAGAAACUGAAAGAGGUUGCGUUUCCAAGGACAGAUGAAUUGAAGAAGGAUCUUUUGAAGAAAUAUAAUGCAGAAUACCAAGAAUAUAUGCAAGACAAAAACAAAUGUAAAGCUGAAUUCUUAAAGAAACUGGAGCAGCAGAGGUUGAUAGAAGCAGAAAAGAAGAGAAUUGCACAGAUGCGACAACAGCAGCUGGAAACAGAGCAGUUUCAGUUCUUUGAAAAUCAGCUUAAGAAGCAAGAACUAGCCCGAGAUCAGAAAAUUAGAGAGAAUAUGGUUAUGUCUGAGCAGAUUGAUGGAAGUGUGUUGUCUUGCAUUUCUAUGCAUCAGAAUAACUCCUUAUCUACUGCAAUUUCUGAGAAAGCCAGUAAAAGUGAUGCCUCUGUUUCUGCUGGACAGUCUCCUCCAGUAAACCAGGCCUUAAAGCCAGCAGCCACUUUAAGCACUAUUCAGAAUCAAGUGGCUGAAGCACUCCGAGGUGUAGUUUUACCCACAGAUCUUUGUCACAAAUUUCUGCUGCUAGCGGAGGCAAAUACAGUAAGAGGAAUAGAGACAUGUGGAAUUCUCUGUGGAAAACUGACACAUAAUGAAUUUACUAUUACCCAUGUAAUAGUGCCAAAGCAGUCUGCAGGACCAGAUUAUUGCGACAUGGAGAAUGUGGAAGAAUUAUUCAGCAUUCAGGAUCAACACAAUCUCCUCACUUUGGGGUGGAUCCAUACGCAUCCAACACAAACAGCAUUCUUAUCCAGUGUUGAUCUUCAUACUCAUUGUUCUUAUCAGCUAAUGUUACCAGAGGCUAUUGCAAUUGUUUGUUCACCAAAACAUAAUGACACUGGGAUCUUCAGACUUACUGAUGCUGGCAUGCUUGAAGUUUCUGCUUGUAAAAAGAAGGGGUUUCACCCACAUACUAAGGAGCCUAGACUAUUUAAUAGUUCCCAAAUAUGGAAACAGGGCUACUGGAGUGUUAACCAGAAUGGAUAAAUAAGAACACAGACUUACUGCACCUAUAGACAUGUAAACAUGUAGUUGGGACAGAAACAAAAAUAAUUGUGCUGGAUCUGAGGUGUUGCUGAUGGAAGACAAAUGGCCUACCAGACAGAUGCCCCAAGUAGAAAAAUGGCUACCGGAUUUUCCAAUGAUGUUUUUCAGCAAUUACUGAUGUAUUAUAUUUAUACAUUUUAGAUUUAAUGAUUUGAUAUUUAUUGCUCUUGCCAUUUUUCGAGUUUUGUUGUUCUGUCAAGACAGAGUUCAUAGUGAAUUAAAACAAAAGCUGUACAUGUAUCUGAAUAAUAUGAUACAACAAUAA